AUGGAGGCCUGCGACUUCAUUCAACACAAAACUUUCCUCGCACCCGCGCCGCCUGGAUCAUUCGCCUCGCCGCCUCGCAGCAACGCGGGAGCGACCCCGUCUGACCAACGAUCGGGAGUCCGCGCCGAAGACCCACGUACACAAGUAGAAGGUAAAAAACUCUCUCCAAGCCCCGGCGCAGCCGCCGGCGCCCCUCCAGGGGAGGAGGGGGGGGGGUCUCGGGACCCUGCCAGCAGAGUUCAGCGGGAAGCGGUCGAGGCGAUGCUGGGCGUCUGCCGUUGGCCCAGUUUCCAGACUGGCCCCAUCCUCCGGGCGGGGGGGGGGGGGGGGGGGGGGGCCUUUGGAUUUUCACUGCGACUCCCGAACGUGGACCAUCUUAGGCAGCUAGACGUGUUUCGCCGGACUCUACAUGGCGCGGCUGGUGGGGAAAGGGAAGGAGGGGUGGGGUCUCAGGGCUCCUCGUGGUGUGCCUCCGCGACCUUGUGUGCGGACGGCGCCGCGGGGCCAGAGCGCGAUGGCGUCUCUGCGAGAGAUUCCGCGACGCCGGAGGCCGCUGACGGCGAACAGAAACCUGCGAAUGUGGCAGCAGGCAGAGAAAGCCUUUCGUCACCAGCGGAGAGCCGAGAAGAGGAAGGCAAUGUGGGCCAUUUUGGUGUGCACGGUGUGCAAGGGAAGCAGGACGCCGUGGUGCCCGCCGCUGGUCUUGCCCUCGAAGGCUGCGCGUCCAACGACACGGGCAAAAGCCCCUGUGCGACGCGACUCCAUGUUUCGACGCAGCCAGGUGACGAUUUUUCAGAGAGCAACGAGCAGGUUCGGAGGGGCGGCAGCGAUGACGAACGCGAGGUCGCCGCCCGCAAGAGAACGUCUGGCGCGGCCGCCGCAGACGCGAAAAAGGCUGUGAGUGACCAGCCUGAGUGUGAAGCAGCGGGUGUAAAGGCUCCGCAGAAACGCGAGGACGACACGGGCGUCGUCGCAGCGUAUGGGCAAGAGCUCCGCAAGGGAGAAGGGACAGGGGGAGAUGCUUCUCCACAUCUGCGCGAAUCAGCGGUAAAGACGCAGCAGGUUGAGACGCAGAAUCGAGAAUGCGGAGAGAAAAAGGACGAGCAGCAAGAGGAGGAAUGCGGCAGAGUGACGAAAACUGGCCUCAUUCGACUGGGCUGCAGCUUCCACGCCGAUGAACUUGUCUCGCCAGAGGAACCCGCAGGUGGAUUCACCACCGUUAUGCUACGCAACAUCCCCAACAAAUACACUCAGGAAAUGAUGAUUACUCUGCUGAACGAGACAUACAAAGGUUUGUUCGACUUCUUCUAUCUCCCCAUCGAUUUCCGGAAUUCGUGUAACGUCGGUUACUGUUUCAUAAAUUUCGUUCAUCCAUUCGUCGCCGCGCACUUCAAGCGCGCCUUCCACAACCUAAAGCUAACUGCCUUCAAGUCACAAAAGAUCUGCGCGUGCACGUGGGGACGCGUUCAAGGCCUCCAGGCGAACAUUGCGCACUACCGCAACAGCGCCGUGAUGGGCGUGCCGUUCAGUCAGUACAAGCCUGUGCUGUUUCGGGACGGGCUGAUCAUUCCCUUCCCGCAAGCAGAGCGCCCGCUGCCGUCUGUAAAGCCGCGCGGCCAUCAUGAACGCAUUGCCAAGGUUUCCUGA